CGAGCUGUCCCCGCUGUCCCCAGCAGGUACCUGGUGAUGGCCGGGACCCCCGAGAAGAUCCUGGAGCACCUGCUGGAGUUCAUGAGGCUCGAUGCCACCCUCUACGACCCCGUGGACACGCUGCUGGGGGAUUUCCUGCUCACCUACACCGUGUUCAUGCCGACCUCGCAGCUCUGCCGGGCCCUGCUGCACCAUUUCCGCGCGGAGCCUCUGGAAGGUUCGGAGCAGGACAAGGCCGCCUAUUCCCUGCGGAAGCGGCGGAAAAUCCUGCGGCUCGUCAGCCAGUGGGUGCUGCUCUACGGGCGGCUGCUGCAGGGCGACCGCAGCACCACGGCGCUGCUGCAG